AAGUCAGACAAUAUGCUGCCUGCUGUUGUAAAGCUCUGCUGUGGAAUUUCCUACCCACAUCUGAGGAGUCUAACAGGACUUCAACGCACAGCCGUGGCAGUGAUAGGCCAGGAGCUCACACACAUGCAGCGAUGGGGACACGUCCACCAUCUCAUCAGAACACAUUCUGGAUUAAAGCGUCAUGAGCCCAAACCUGAAGAUAUAAGUCCUGUGCCUUUGAAAGAAGAUCAGCUACUCUAUGUACAACAAGGCCAAGAAGCAAUGGGGAAGGCUCUCUGUAUGUUAGAAGACACACAAGGAUGGAAGUUUGAGAUCACAGAGAGCGAGGGGGAUGUGAUUUGCAGCAAGGUGAUACCGGGAGCCGGGAAGGUCUUCAGGCUGGAGGCGGUCCUGGACGCCAGCAUGGACGAGCUCUACGACAUCCUGUUUGUCAGAGUGGAGGAAAUGCACCAGUGGAACCCGAGCAUACAGCAAAUCAAAGUUCUGAAGCAUGUUGGAGCCGCAACGAUUGUCACUCAUGAGGUUUCCGCCGAGACAGCAGGAAAUCUAAUUGGUCAAAGGGAUUUCCUGUGUGUCAGACACAGUUGCAAACAAAAGUCCAGAGUUUAUCUUGGAGGAGCAGCGAUUCAGCUGGAGUCCUUGCCCCCUCAGCCAGGCUUUGUGAGAGCCGAGGAUGGCCCAACCUGCAUCAUCAUUCAGCCUCUGGACGGGGAUAUGGGAAAAAGCCGCUUCACAUGGCUUCUUAAUAUGGACGUUAAGGGCUGGCUGCCAAAGUCCAUUGUCAAUCAGGCUUUACCCCGAGCACAGCUGGAUUUCACCAGACACCUCCGCAGACGUCUCACAGCGAGCAGCACCCUGGGCUAA